AAACUGCUGGUUGUGAAGAAGGGCGAGUAUCAAUGGCCACUCUUCUUUCAUCCUCUCUCGUCUUCUCCAAUCUCUCUCGGCCUUCUCUCUCUCCCUCUAUCUCCUCCCUAGCUCUAUCCUCCUCGUUUUCUCUAUCUUCCUCCAUCUCUGUCGCUCCUCACACUGUAUCAUCUUCAUGGAGAAAAAAACCCUCUCUUUCUACCUUCACGGUGAAGGCUAUUGCUUCAGAGAAGAAGAAAGUUGUGAUUGUUAACACAAAUAGCGGUGGGCAUGCUGUGAUUGGCUUCUAUUUCGCUAAGCAGCUUUUGAGUUCUGGGCAUGAUGUCACCAUUCUUACCGUUGGUGAUGAGAGCUCUGAUAAGAUGAAGAAGCCUCCAUUCACCAGAUUCUCUGAAAUUGUGGAUGGUGGUGGUAAAACGGUAUGGGGUGAUGUUGGUGCAAUUGGGACAGUUUUGGAGGGAUUGACAUUUGAUGUUGUUUUGGAUAACAAUGGCAAAGAUUUGGAUGCUGUGAGGCCAGUGGCAGAUUGGGCUAAGAGUGCAGGCGUAGGACAGUUUUUGUUCAUAAGCAGCGCCGGAAUUUAUAAGCAAACCGAAGAGCCACCACAUGUGGAAGGGGAUGCGGUGAAAUCCGAUGCGGGUCACGUUUUAGUAGAAAAAUACCUGUCGGAGGUUUUCGAAAACUGGGCCAGCUUUCGCCCACAAUACAUGAUUGGCUCCGGCAACAACAAAGACUGUGAAGAGUGGUUCUUUGAUCGUAUUGUGAGGGGGAGGCCGGUUCCAAUUCCAGGGUCGGGAAUGCAGCUAACAAACAUCUCACACGUAAGGGAUUUAUCGUCCAUGCUAACAAAAGCGGUUGAGAAUCCAAGUGCUGCAAGUGGGAAUAUCUUCAACUGUGUUAGCGAUCGAGCCGUCACACUAGACGGAAUGGCUAAACUAUGUGCUAAAGCAGCAGGAUUGCCCGUUGAGAUCCUGCACUACGAUCCCAAAUCCAUUGGGACUGAUGCAAAGAAAGCUUUUCCUUUUCGUAAUAUGCAUUUUUAUGCGGAACCCAGGGCUGCAAAGGACAUUUUAGGAUGGGAAAGCAGCACCAAUUUACCGGAGGAUUUGAAAGACAGAUUUCAAGAGUAUGUCAAGAUUGGGAGAGACAAAAAGACCAUCAAAUUUGAUAUCGAUGAUAAGAUAUUAGAAUCCCUUAAAAUCCCGGUUCCUGUCUGAUCACCAACAGUUCUAUGUUCCUUCAAAUUUCCCAUUCUUAUAAAUGUCAUCAGAUUGUUUUUUGCCUAAUA